AGUCUCAUUCGAACUCGUGUACCGUCGAUGUCAUAAGAUUUUCAUUUCUAAAUGAUCAAAAUAUAAAUAUUUGUGAUUUGUGUGAAUUGUUGUUUUUUUCUGCUUUUUGUUAUAUUUUCUCAUCCACAAAGAAAAACAUUUUAUAAAUAGAACAAAACGGCUUCUAAAUAUCAAAAAUUAAUAUAUUUCGAAAAUAUUUUUAGUAUAAAAAUUUGCAAAAAAAAAUAAAGAAAAAUUAUGUUUGUUUAAUAUAAAACUUAAAAUUUGUAUUGACAUACUUGUAUGCGUAUUAGUGUUAUAUUAAAAAAAUAAUCGAUUUUCGAAAUAGACUAGUUUUAGAAUUAUUGUAUUGUAAAUAAUUGCAAUAAACAUAUAAAUAAUUAACAAGAAAAAUGCCAGCUUCAAAUACCAUUGUGUUGAAAAGUCUUUCCAUAUUAUUGGGAUUAUUUUUUGUUUUUGUUGGUACACUUAAGUUAACGCCACAUAUAAGUAAGGACCUAUACAAGGAUCUACGCACUGAAUAUGUUAAAUAUGCCAAAGUGUUUCCCUUGACUGCCUUGUUUGGCAUUAAAAUACCCUCAAAAUGGUACAGACGCACUGUUGGUGUACUGGAAAUUGUUUGCGGUCUGGCAAUGGCACUUAUUCCAUAUCAUAAAGUAAAAAAUACUGCUAACAUAACGCUUUUAAUUUUAAUGCUCCUUGGCAUUUAUCAACAUUGGAUGGUAAGCGAUCCCUUUGAACGUUCAGGACCAGCGUUGGUGUUCACCUUUAUGUUGGGUGGUCGUUUAGUCGUUUGGUAUCAGACUAGCCGCAAGGAAGCCGAACAAUCUGCCGUCACACAGGCACAAACAAAUGGUGUGAAACAGGACUAAAUAAACUUUUUUCUUCUCAUAUAAAACGCACACAGUUCAAUAUUUUCUCCAAAAACACUUGAUCUUCGAAUUCUGAGAAAAAGCCAAAUUUUUCAAAGCAGAGGAGAAAAAUACAGUAUUGGGAUUUAAAAUUUCACACAAUUAUUAGCUGCGCUAGCAGUUAUAUUUAAAUUCCACUGAAUGCAAUCAAAACGACUUUUUGUUUUUAAAAUUUUUAUUUAUUAUUUUACUUUUCUUUUUAAUUUAGUGAAAUUAUUAAAUUGAUUUAAAAUUUAAUUUCAUUACCCUCUAUACUUUUUGUAAUAAAGGUCUUGAUAAAAAUAAAAAUGUAUAUUAAAAACAUA